ACUGGAUCAUGAAGCACAUAAUUUGAAGCAGCUCGACAGACCUACUACGUGGAUGAAUUUCAUCCAGAGAUAAAAGUCCAGCCUUCACACGCAUCAUAAAUCUACGCUAUACAGAAAAUACGGAUAAAAGGUUGACAAUCCCACGGCUUGCAGACAGAUCUGCGAAGAAAUUGAGUAACGCGCAGAUAGCGCUUGUUUUUGUCAGACAAACGUGGAAAGACAUUUUGCCAAAGAAUGACCACAAAACUAUCCCUAGACCAAGUGAACGCCUUGAGCCCUGCCGAGUUCCGAGAAACGUUCUACAACGUGGUUGAACUGUGUCCAGCAGCGGCAAAUUUUUGCAGUCACAUGUUACCGUUUUCCAGUGUUAACACGAUGAUUCACAGUUUUCACGAGUAUCUUAGUGGCUUGGACACGGAGUCCAAGAUCAGUGUGAUACAAGGCCAUCCUGAUUUAGCGGGCAGACUACUGGCCACACACCAGCUCACGCAAGAAUCCAGCUUUGAACACUCGUGCGCCGGAUUGGAUCAACUGUCGAUUGAGAAUGGUAUACAGCUGAAUGACUUCAAUAAUAGAUAUAAGAACAAGUUCAACUUUCCAUUCGUGAUCUGUGUGCGCCAAGCUAGAAAGAUUGACGUUAUUCUUAGUGCAGUGAUGGCGCGGAUACACAAUAGCUUAGAAGAUGAAGUAGACAUUGGUAUCGAAGAGGUGAAAAAGAUUUGUGAAUUGCGUAUUCUAGAGCUGGUGGAUGGUCAAAGUGAUUCAAUUUAGAGCCAAAUGUUAAUAUAAGUAUUGUUAAGUUUUAGGUUUAAAAUACUUGUUUGUGUUUUUUUAUGCUAUGUAUAUCAAUGAUGAUCAAAGUGAACAUUCUCUUCA